UGUGUGUGCCAAGUCAGAAAGUUGAACGAGGUUCAAAACUUUAUAAUGCCAUUACAUGUGAUGAACGUGCAAUGAUAAUGCAUUGCACAGAUAGCAGCAUUACAAGACAUUGAUAUGCACAUUUCUUGUGCCAGGAGAUUCAUUUAUUGCCUCUUCCUUGCAAGCUGUGCUGCAGCAAGUCCUUGACUGUUAAACAGUUACAAGGUACGUUUAGAGAGAGGGAGAGAGAGAGAGAGAGAGAGAGAGAGAGAGAGGGAGACCUUUGUCACAAUGUCAUGACUAAGAACCACACAUGUGUUUUAGUAUGCAUACGACGCCUUAAGUUGAUAUUAAAAGCAUCUCGGGUUAUUCCAGCCAGAAACAAUGUGCAAAUAUAAGGACAAAAUCCAUCUCUGUAUGUUCAUAGUGCUGUUUCUUCAGCUGUUAUCCAGGACUGCAGCACAGUCAUGUGCCAGAAGCUGUGGUGAGAAGUUUACCACAUGCUCCUGUCAUUCAACAUGUGAAUCUCUGGAGGACUGCUGUGCAGAUUAUAAACAGUUUUGCCUUGACAUUGAACCACACUCUGGAUCUUUGCUGGGAGGAACAGACUUUAAAAUCCUCAAUGUUACAUUUGAGCAAAACAUUAACCUCACUUGCAGGUUCAACUCAGAGAUUUUGACGGAGGGCUAUGUGGAUGAGAGCGGCGUGGGUCACUGUAUCUCUCCACUGCUCUAUGAGUCGGGCUGGAUCCCUUUUGAGGUGUCCACAGAUGGAGUCGAUUAUGACAGAGCAGGGAGGUGGCUCUCAGUCCAUCACAGUAAGCUGGGUCCUGCUUACAAGCUCAUUCUGGUCAAUGCCACACAGUGGCAGUACUACGGCACACCAAAUGUCGGCGGGGAUUUAAAAAUGAUAUGGAUAUCAUCUCUAAUAAAAGCAGAGAGCGUCAACAUCGAGCUGUGGGGUUACAAUGAGACUGGAGAGUCAUAUUCUGCUAACUGGGAGGCAGAGUGGAAGUAUCUGUACACCGUGGGCAGAGAUGUGCCCAACAGUGGAGUUUUCAGUUUCACCCCACAGAUUGCAGAAAAACCAUACUCCCUCUGGGACCUAGGGAGCAUGCGGGUCAGUCCCAGCUCUAAACAAGACGGAGCCCAUGAUGUUAACGCCCUGUGGAGUGGGGCGCACGCAAUCGCCUGGCAUCUAGAGGAGGCCUUCAGGAAGGACUCUGCAGGCUGGGCCCUGGAAAAGUGUAUCAAUUGGGAUAAAGAAGAGAAAGCAAUGCCCAACUUCCUUACAGAGAUCACUGACUGCCCCUGCACGCUGGCCCAGGCUCGUGCUGACACCGGCAGAUUUCACACUGAUUAUGGCUGUGAUAUUGAGGCAGGUAGUUUCUGCGUUUACCAUCCAGGUGCAGUUCACUGCGUUAGAGCCAUACAGGGCAGUCCUGAGUAUGGUGCCGGUCAGCAAUGUUGCUAUGACAGCACUGGAGCUCAGGUGCUCACGGGGGACUCUAUUGGUGGCAGCACCCCUGAUCGAGGGCACGACUGGGGGGCGCCGCCAUACAAGAAACCUCCUAGAGUUCCAGCAUACUCACACUGGAAGUAUGAUGUCAUCAGUUUUUACUACUGCUGUCUGUGGUCAGACAACUGUGAAUACUACUUCACCCACCGCCCGUCCAGUGACUGCAGAACAUAUCGUCCUCCUAGAGCAGCUGCUGUCCUUGGUGACCCUCACUUCAUGACAUUCGAUGGCGUGACUUUCACCUUCAAUGGGAAAGGAGAGUACAGUCUUGUUCACUCUUCAGCCUAUGAGCUGUCUGUGCAAGGCAGGACUGAACCAAUGAAAUCAGAGAAUGGUUCUGAGGUUAUGGCAACACGACUCUGUUCAGUGGCCAUGAGGGAGAAAGACUCUGAUGUCAUCGAGGUGCGUCUUGGAGACCAAGUAGAUGAGCUCCAGGUCUUAAUGAACCAACAGGUGCUUUUCUUUUCCGAGCAAAAAUGGAUCGACCUUAAGGGUGUUUUUGUUUUUUCCCCUAAACCUACUAAUGUGACAGUGAUGUUUCCUUCGGGGACAGGAGUAGAGGUCCGAGCAGGUGGAGGGGUCAUGACCCUUACUGUUCUACUGCCCCAUGACUUACACAACCAAACGCAGGGUCUGCUCGGUACAAUGAAUGAUGACCCUGAAGAUGAAUUCACCUCUAGCAAUGGCGUGAUCAUCCCUUCCAAUAGCAGUGCACAGGACAUAUUCACCUAUUGUGCUGGCUGGGCCAUUACAAAUGAGACUUCUCUGUUUACAUACGACUCAACCCACCUCCUAAAUGAAUAUUAUUAUGCCCCAAAGCACGAUCCGUCAUUCAUCCCUAACUUUUCCGUGACUGAAGACCCCGAGGAUCCCCUGCUAGAGCCAACGCUGAACCUAUGUGCAGGAGAGGGGGCUUCCUUCUGUAAAUAUGAUGCACUAAGCAUGCGCAGUCUGCAACAAGGCAAUGCCACACUACUGUCCUACCGGAGUCAUACAUCCACCAAAAAAGCUCUGGAACCUGUGCAAUCCUGUGGUUGGCUGCCACCACCUAACCAUGGUCAGAAGGAAGGAACCUUUUACCUGGAGGGGGCAACGGUCACAUUCUCAUGUAACAGUGGAUACCGUCUCUAUGGGUCCCAGGAACGCACCUGUCAAGGGGACGGCAUGUGGUCUGGACAGGAUACGCACUGUGUGGCUGAUAAUACGUUGGCCAUUGUCCUGGGGAGUGUUGGUGCGGUGUUGGCGGUGGUUGUCAUGGUGAUAGCAAUUGUUGUGUACACAAAGAAACAGAAAAAAGAAGCGAUGAAACAACAGGACAAGGUGACUUAUCAGCAGAAUGCAUCACGACUGUGAUGUUCAUCAGGUGUACAUCCUUGUACAUUUUUAAAAAGAUUUUAUGAACAGUAUUAGUCUAUGUAUAAAUUUUAUGUUUCUAAUUUAAUAUUCUGUUUUAAAUUUAAUUUUUGGACAUUGACAUCUAGUAGUUUAGUAUCUUUCUUAAAUGAUAUGUCUGCUAAUACUGUAAAAAAUCUGAUUAUCUGAGCGGUGCAACGUCCGCUUCUAGAAUGAUCUGUCUGGUCUGUACUCUAGUGUUGACUUGUACCUCUGUUGAUGCCUUUAAGUUGUCUCUAGAAUUGUGUUGUCUGGCUGUGAACUACAAAUGGGAGACUGAACUACAUAAAGAAUAGCUCUGUUCCAAAACUUAUUAAGCUGCCCAUUUUUAGGCAUCAAAGAAGUGCUUUUGACACAAAGUUUGUUCCAAAAGGUAUGAACGAGAUGAUGCCACCUUCUAAAAAUGUCAUCACAGUAAACACAGUCCCAGAAUGUAUUUUGUUCAGGGGAAAAUAAUAAAUCACCAUAUGGCACAAAAUAUAUUUUUUUCUGGCCAAAAUAUAUUUCAAAUAUAUAUAGCAGCACUGUUUAAGGAAAUAUAUUUUUCAAAAUUUUUUAAAUAAUUUUUUUCUAUUAUUUUUUUAAAAUUCUUUUUCAAAAUGUUUUAUUUAAACCUUCAAAUGCCAAGGAAAUAUUAUUUCAAAUCUUAAAAUAUGAUCUUAAAAAUGUUUCAAAUAGUAAAAAGAAUAUAUAUAUAGUAUUUAAAACUUAGCAAAAUAUUUUUUUUUUAAAUCUAUAUUGCCAAUAUAUUUUGGCCAUUUUUGUAUAUUUUGAAAUAUAUUCAUGUAUAUAUAGUAGUCAACAUUUGAAGUGAAAACCUUCUUCUUAGGACAACUUUGAAUUUUUUUGAUCCACUUCAAAUGUUGACUACUGUACAGUGUGUGUGUGUGUGUGUAUAUAUAUAUAUAUAUAUAUAGUAACACUUUACAAUAAGGUUCAUUAGUUAAACAUUAGGUAAUGUAUUAACUAACAUGAACUAACCAUGAGCAAUACAUUUGUAACUGUAUGUACUAAUCUACGUUAAUGUUAGUUAAUGAAAAUACAGUUGUUCAUUGUUGUUUGUUCAUGUUAGUUCACAGUGCAUUAACUAAUGUUAACAAGAUUUUGAUAAUGUAUUAUUAAAUGUUGAAAUUAACAUUAACAAAGAUUAAUAAAUGCUGUAUUGUAUUUUAUAUAUAUAUAAAUAUAUAUAAAUAUAUAUUUACAUAUAGUUGCUGCUUAUUCUACACUUAUUACACGUCUCAUCCCUUAUUGCAUCAUAUCUCAUCCCUUAUUUGUAUAUUGAAUAUUUUGGCUUAUUUUGGAUAUGCUUUCAGCUACCAAAAGCAUGUUGUAGUUUAAGAUCAAUUUAACACAUUUUGCAAGUCUGCAGAUUCCACCUGGGCCUUAUAAUAAGAUCCCAUAACAGUUAGGAAAAGGCAGUUGCAACAAGCGAGGCCGCUAACUAGGUUUUAGAACAAAGCUCGUGUGAGUUUGCAGGUCUUUUCUCAAACAUCUUUUUGUUAGUCUACAUUUACUUUUCAAUUCCGUUUGAUUUUGAAAUAAAGCCUCAAACAGUG